AUGUGUAUAUCAGGGUUGAUGUGUGAACUGUUGUGGAGUGAUCCACAACCUCAACCUGGAAGAGGACCGAGCAAGCGAGGUGUAGGUCUUUCUUUUGGGGCAGAUGUAACCAAAAGAUUUUUGAAGGAAAACAGUCUUGAUUUGGUUGUGCGUUCCCAUGAAGUGAAGGAUGAAGGCUACGAGAUUGAGCAUGAUGGUAAACUCAUUACAGUGUUUUCUGCUCCAAAUUAUUGUGAUCAGAUGGGCAACAAAGGUGCUUUUAUUCGAUUUGAAGCCCCAGAAUUGAAGCCGAAUAUUGUGACGUUUUCAGCAGUGCCACAUCCUGAUGUGAAGCCAAUGGCAUAUGCCAACAACUUCCUCCGAAUGUUCUCAUAG